AUGUAUACACUUGCAUGUUCCAGAUUUUCACCUGAUGGAAGGCUAAUAGCAUCUUGCAGUGAGGAUAAAUCUAUUAAAAUCUGGGAUGCAAGAAAUAAAACUUGUCUUGGUAGCUUCUUAGAUUAUGAAGGAUUUGCAAAUUUUGUGGAUUUCAAUCCAAGUGGUACAUGUAUAGCUUCUGCAGGUUCCAAUCAUACGGUGAAACUGUGGGAUAUUCGAAUGAACAAGCUACUGCAGCAUUACAAAGUUCACAGAGCAGGUGUUAAUUGUGUAUCAUUCCAUCCUUCUGGUAACUAUCUCAUCACUGCUUCUACUGAUGGUACCCUUAAGAUUUUGGGCCUGUUAGAAGGAAGACUUAUUUACACUCUCCAUGGACACAAGGGACCUGCACUUUCUGUGGCUUUUUCAAAAGGUGGUGAAAAAUUUGCCUCAGGUGGAGCAGAUGCUCAGGUAUUACUAUGGAAAACCAACUUUGAUUCAUUUGAUUAUAAAGAAGUUCUUAAACACCAUAUUAGAAGAACACAUAUUGAUGAUCCUCCUCAUCUUCUUGAUAUUUACCCGAGGUCACCUCAUCUCCAUGAUGAAAAAUUUGAGUCAGUUGAGGUCAACCCUACCUUUGAUCUGACUAAUACACAAACCCUUGAGCCACCUGUCAUAGAAAUUACUUCCUCUUUAUCUUUCAGUACUCAGGAUGAUGUCAGCAGUGAAGAUCUGCGGUAUCCCCCUGCUUCAGUCUUGGCAACAAGUUCAAAAAGGAAGUCAGAGAAUGAGAGCAAAUCAGCUGUGCAUAAUAUGGACAAGCAAACAGGCAUCUCCCCCUCCCUGGGUAAUGCGUUGGAGCGCAUUGUGGAGCAGCUGGACGUUUUAACUCUAACUAUUUCAAUCCUGGAAGAACGUCUGACUUUGACUGAAGAUAAAUUGAAAGAAUGCUUAGAAAAUCAGCAAAAAAUGUUACUUGAGGAAAGACAGGAAGAAUAA